CGAUCACACCCCCUCCCGUCUAUUUUCAUCUCCACUUCUCCUGGUGGUCGCGGCUUCCUUCCCCUUCGAUCUCUUCACCUCGUUCCCGGCGGCCGGCCGGGAAGUCGUCGGAAUCCUUCGUGCUCGCGCGGGCUAGCUAGCUCUCGCCAUGGCAGCGUCGACGAACAAGGGCCGGCCGCUACCAAAAUUCGGGGAGUGGGACGUGAAGAACCCGGCGACGGCCGACGGCUUCACCGUCAUAUUCCAGAAGGCCCGCGACAACAAGAAGACCACCGGCGGCCCCGGGCAGUCCGGCAUCCCGCCGGCAUUCAGGAACGGCAACGGUUACGGCUCCGGCUCCGGCUCCCCGUACAAAACCGGCAACAGCUACCCGUACUCGAGGGUGGCAUCGCCCAAACGUGUCAAGAAGAAGUGGUUCUUCUGCGGCAGCUUCUGAUUGUAUCGAACGCCAGGGCUAGCUGCUACUGUUGGUGAAAGAGAUAUGAAACCGUGCCACGCCAGAACCAGAAGCGCAUAUUCGAUGGGAGGCCGGGGUGAAAGUUUUGGCAAUCGGGUGGCGUUUUUGCUCCCGCUCGAUCACCGCAUUUGAUGUGCAGAGCAUCAUCAAUGAAUGAUGAUUAUGUAUGACUCAUUUCUGUCGAAUAAAACUACCUGUAAAUUGUGUCCCUUUUAGUCUGAUGCAAAUGUUCAUGCUGACCAUCGCUAUCAUUCAUUCA